AUGGCAAAAAAUGCUGCAGAAUAUAGAAAAAGAUUUAUGCCAUUUAAACGUACUAAGCCAGGUAUUGGAGCAGAACAUUAUGUAGCACAUGGUAGAAGACCAACAAUUCGUGGACGUUUGACACAAUUUGGAUUUGGUGCUUGUUUAUCUCAUAAACUUCUACAUAUUUCUGAUCCAACAUUACCAGUUCAAUUAAAUGUUUUUACAUAUGAUGAAAAUUCGUAUACGGAAGGAAAAUAUAAAAAUGUUGCAGACAUUCCAACUGUACCAUUUGCACCAAUGACACCAAUGACAUGGAUUGAUGUUGAUGGUAUUCAUGAUCAUGAGAUUAUAUCUGCAAUAGGUGAUCGUUAUGAUAUUCAUUCAUUGGUUCAAACAGACAUAACAACAAGUGAACAACGAACAAAAUUAGAUGUUUUAGAUGAUGCAUUAUUUCUUGUAUGUAAAUUAAUAUAUCGUGAUAUAGAUCGUACAGGACAAAUAAUAACUGAACAAAUUAGUUGUUAUUUAAAAGAUAAUCUUCUUAUUACAUUUCAAGAAACACCAAAAGAUUUAUUUGAUUCAAUUAAAAAUCGUAUUCGACAAGGAAAAGGUCGUAUAAGAAAAUCUAAAGUUGAUUAUCUUUUUUAUUCACUUCUUGAUGUUAUUGUUGAUCAUUAUAUGGAUGUUCUUGAUACAUUGGGUACAACAGUUGAAGAAAUUGAUAAUCAAUUAAUGAAAAAACUUAAACGUGAUACAUUAGAAUCUAUAUAUGAUAUGAAACGUGAUAUGUUAUAUUUACGUUCAAUUAUAUCUCCAUUAAAAGAAAUAAUAAUUAAAUUACAAAAAGAAGAAGAAACACAAAUUAUGCAAGAAAGUACAAAUAUUUAUUUAAAAGAUUUAUUUGAUCAUAUUGUACAAGUUAAUGAUUCAAUAGAUACAUAUAGAGAAAUGUUAGCAUCAUUUAUUGAUUUCUAUAUGAUGUUAAAUUCGAAUGCUAUGAAUCAAGUUGUUAAAACAUUAACAAUGAUAUCAACUAUUUUUAUUCCAUUAACAUUUAUUAGUUCAAUUUAUGGAAUGAAUUUUGACAAUAUUCCUGAACUUAGAUAUAAAUAUGCUUAUUUUAUUGUACUGGCUGCUAUGGCUGCAUUGGCAACUUUGAUGCUUUUAUGUUUUAAACGUAAACAUUGGUUUUAA